AUGGCGCCGCCCCCCAGCGACGGAUCCACCCACGCGAAAAUGCCGUUCCGUAAACCCAGCAAGAAGAAACACGUAGACUCGUCCACGCCUGCUCACCGCCGCCCGUCGUACUCUUCGCUGUCCUUCGUCGCCAACGACGCGCCGCCCUCGCAACCCGCCCCACCGGUCACACCUUUGCAGCUCGAGCGACAGAAGCAGCAGCCCGCAUCCUCUCGAACUCCGAAGCCCGCUUCGACUUCGCCCGCAAUGUUGCCGCCACCAUCGUUCCCUGUCAACGUGGCCGAGCCAUCGAAAUCGCCACUCAUCCUAACCUCGCUGCACAGGCCCAGCGUGCUGCAGUAUGCCCGAACUCAUGAGCUGCUCCAAAAGCAUGGCGGAAUGUUGAAAGGUAAAGCGGCGACGGAAUUUGUGGCAGACGUCCGCGCCUACGCCAAGGGCAAGGGAUUGACAGAUAGCGUGGCCGACGAGUGCGUGAAGGAAGCCAAAGCUGCCGUCUUCAGCCCGGCGAAGAAGGCUGUGGAGAAGAAAGUGAAUUCGAAGCGUGGUGCACAGGAUGGAACCUUGACACAACCCCCGGUUGUACCGAGCAAGGUCUUGAAUGGAAAGGCAGAGUCUACCGCUGGUGGGAGUGACGACGAGAAGAAGUUGAAGAAGGCAAAGAAAAGAAGAAAGAAGAGGAAGAGGGAGAGGAAGAAGGAGAGGGAGAAGAAGGAAAGGAGUCCCGAAGAACCAGACGGCAACACUGCAGCGAGGGAGCCCAAGACUGACACCUCCUUGCCCGUUCAGUAUGUCUCCAGUGCUGUUUCAGAGAUUUCCAAAGACAAGACCGCGUCUGCGCAGAAGAAGCAGAAGAAGCAGAGGAAGAGGAAAAGGGGGUUGUCCAUUGGAAACAACACCUACGAUAAACAAGGGCACCACAGCGCUGUCAUGAAAGAUGAAACCUCGGAAUCCCAUGCAGCUGCGAAUGCCAUUACAUCGGCCAAAGGAAAAAAGAAAACCAAGAAGCUGGAGUCAACACUACACGAUGACCGAAAGAAUCCUUCAGACCUUCCUCCAAAGAAGAAGCUCAAACGUGUCCACAAGACUCAGAGUUCAUCUCAGAACAGAGACGCUCAUAAGUCUAGAAGGGAAACCGAAGUGGACAAAGCGCAUCAAAGGCAAAGUGCCGGCCAGAGGCUUGAAGCAAGCGCUGCGCAACCGUCAACUCUGAAGAGAAAACGGCCUUCUUCUCCCCCGGGCGGCGUCAUCAGCACCAACCCGAGUUUUGGAAAGCCGCACCAAUCCAAUCGUGUUACGCAGCCGUCCCCAGACAUUGAGAGAGCCGAUGGCUCUAGCAGAGGCCGGGGUAAACCCAAUUGGAAAGCUGGUUCUGGAUCCGAGGCUGAGUGGAGCAGCACUUCUGUCGCUCAAACUGAAAGCGAUCGACCGGUUUGCACGCCUUCCACGGAACUCAAGGAUGUGUCCCCUGCCGAUGAAAAUGCAACCCCUCUCCACGAUGCCAGUGUCAAUAUUGGAGAGCCAAACAGGAAGAAAGCAAGGAUUCAAGAAAGUAUGAAAGAACAGGAUGAUUCCGACAGCGCUGCUGGGUCGCUCUUAUCAGCGGAGCCGGAGUCACUGAACAGUGAAAUUGACGAUGAUGACGAAGCGACAAGUGCAGGCUCCGCACCGCUGAGAUCGGAGCUUGAGUCUGGUAGACACCCUAAAGUUGGUGAACUGCCACGGGAGGAUCAAUCACUGGAGAAGAGAGAAAGGAAGAACAUCGAAGCAGUGGAACUCGAAACCACACCGCCACCCUCCGAUUCCGAAGCAGAAGACUCCGAAUAUGAGGCUACAAAUACGAAGAAAGGCGCCGCCUCCGAUAGCGGUUCUAACAGGGACACGCCAGAGCCGGAAACGGGCUCGAGUGAUGAAGAGUCAAUUAAAGCACAUGAUGACUCUCAGAAGGAGCCGAAAUCGAAGCAAACGAGCCUCGCCCGACUCUCGGAUCGCUCCUUCUAUGAAUUCAUGGAAUCUCAAUCUUCCCCCUUCAUACCCUCGAUUUUGCAGCUGUUGCCCUCAAUCCAAGUCAAGCCACCCAUAAAGGAGUGUCUGACCAAGCUUCAAACGCUUCCGCAAGGCGAUCCAGAGUCAUCAUCGUCUUCCUCUGAAUCUGAAUCGGACUCGGAGUCCACAUCGUCUUCCCCUUCUGAGUCUGACUCGGACUCAGGCGUAGGUCAACCUGGCAGGAAAGCGUCGCAUUCAACUAAGGCACCUUUGCGGUUGGGCAGCCAUUCCGUGCAGCAGCCUAGUGUGCUGCAGUCUCACACUCAAGAGGCUUCAAGUUUAUCCAAGAUGAGGGAAGUACAGGAAGAUACCGCGACGCCAGAGCUGGGAGACCACCGCGUGGAGCAACCUGGCCAACCGGAGGUGGCAUCUGAAGGAUCAGGUCGUGAUAUAUCCAAAACACCCGAGCUUAGCUCUGCAACGCCGGCUACCAACGACCCCCGAGAAGAUAAGAAAGGCAAACAACGCAAGUUGAAGGGCGUCAGGGCUGACAGCGUAUCAUUAUUCGGCACCAGUAGCGCGGAUCUGGAGGGAGACGAAGGCCUGAGCCGGAGCACCGCAGAGGAGAGAUGGCGGCAAAGCGCGGCUCUUUCGUCCAACUUCAACAUGCAAGAGGAACGCUCUCCACUCACAACGCGGCAAAGUCGCCGCAGAAUCGCUCAUUCACCGUCGGUAAGGGAGGACUCAUCAGCACGUGCCGGAAAGAGCACGCGUCAGGCACUGGCGGGUGGGGGCCAGCCAUUCUCGGGUUCCAUCAAAAGACGGUCACAGAAGUCAGCCACACCCUUGUCAAGAAGGCCGAGUUCUACUCAACUUCCCCCUCCCGAAUCCCCGAGCGAGUCUGAAGGGCUUGGUGAAAAGCCCGUUCAACCUGAAAUGCCGUUGUCCUCGCCUGUCACUCGCUCGCAACUCAGGAAGAAGCGGUCCGGGUCUGAUGCAAGCGCCUCACCAAUCACCUCAGGCUCAAGCAGGAGAGACUCAAACGCCUCGAUUGGGGACCGACCUGGGCUUAGAUCGGCAUCUACGGAAGAUGACUCUGCCACUGGAGAUACCGAACCGGUUGCUCCACCCACGAGUGAGACGCGCUCGAUUGGCCGGUUCGUCUGCGUCAAAAUCUUAAGGAAGCCACGGUCUGCUCGGGAUGACAACAUCCUGACAUACGAUAUUCAUGGUCAUGAUAAUGAAGAGCACCCGUCACCGGACGAUGGCCAUCGGCAAGAGCCCCCCCUGGAAGUCAGCUCAGAUGCUGGCAAGAGUGGUCGACGAGCACCAGACCACGAAUAUGACUCGGCAGCCGACAUGGAUGAAGAUGGUUCGGUCGUAGACAAAGCUACGCCCCCUCGCCCCGUGUACAUAGCCUCUUUCAGCCAGGUUACGGAUCCAGCCAACUUCGGGGGUGUGGCACAUGAUGUGGAUGACGACUACAGUGACAACAACGAGAGUGAUUUCGACGGCCUCGGUGACGAAAAUGGGACUUCGGACGCUAAGGGGCUGGAAGCCGAUGACGAGCAGGAAAAUGAGCACGGCUCGCCGCUCAGACCUAUGAACGAGGGCGACCAGACCGAUGCGAUAACUGUAUCAACAGAUAGCCGAUCUUCAGACGACGAUUUGCAGUCUGAGAAAGUCCAUGUAAAAGGUCCCGUAACAAGCACGCCAAGGCGGGAUACAACCUCGCCGAAAGCUCCGGUCCAGUCUACAGAUCGGAGUCGUCGCGGUACUUCUGAGGAUUAUCCGUGGAUCUCUCAAGAAGGCCGUGGCGCAUCAGUGAGGCUGACGAAGCCAAGCUCUCGCAGGUCUCAAGUUCCACACGUUUCUCAGUUCGCUGGCACAAGCGCCGUGCGAUUGUCGUCGACCCCGCCUGGUGCAGAGAUUAUGGAAGGACAGUCGGAUCUCGGUAGUAGAGCAUCAUCAUACGAUCACGAGCCGAAAGGAUUCUUACAUCCUGACGGGAACCUCUCUGCACAGAAGCGUCGCACGAGUCUGCGCUCGCCGCACUUUGCUCCGGCGCCUCAUUCCCAGAGAUCCAGGCGUCCACCUGCCGGCACCGUCUCUUCGUUGCCUUUCCCCUCCGUCCAAGCCUCACGUUUUGGCUUGAUCCAAGAAGACCUCGCUCACGAACCCUUCAAGUUUCUCGUUGCCGUCAUGUUCCUCAACAAGACCAAAGGCAGCUGCGCCAUUCCAAAGUUCCGCAAUUUUAUCGCACAGUAUCCAACGCCCGAUGACCUCGCGCACGCCAAUGUCCUUGACAUCACCGCGAUUCUACGCCCACUUGGCAUGCAAAACGUGCGCGCCAACAUACUCAUCGAGUUCGCCAAGCGUUGGCUGCUUGAUCCUCCUCGGCCCGGCAGACGCCAUCGCAGCAUGAAUUACCCUGGAAAGGGGCUACAGAAGGACAUCAGGCCCGGUGAGGUCUUGAGCGAUGCCGAUCCUCGCGUAGCAGCUUAUGAGAUUGCGCACUUGCCUGGUUGCGGCCCAUACGCACUGGAUAGCUGGCGUAUCUUCUGCCGUGAUGAGUUUAGAGGUGUGGCGUUGGACUACAACGGCGCAGGUGUGGGGGACGAGGGCUUUGAGCCUGAGUGGAAGAGGGUCAGACCAAAAGAUAAGGAGCUGAGGGCCUUCCUGAGGUGGAUGUGGCUGAGAGAGGGAUGGGCGUGGGACCCAGAGACUGGAGAGAGAAGCCUGGCGAAGAGCGAGGAGGUACGAGCAGCAGAGGAGAGGUGGCGGUGGGAUCAGGAAAGUGGAGAGGGUAUAUGGAUUGAUGGUGGGGUGGACAAGAAUGAAGGAGUGACGAGUGGAGCAGCGAGAUCUGGUGCUGCACUCUCUCCUUCCUUGCCCGCUCGCAGCGAGCAUCACUUUCGCGGUUCCGUUGAGAGCGAUGAGGACGACACAGAUGGAGUGUCGAGCGCUGUCCAGCCGAAUGGUGGACUACCCGAAGGAGACACCAGCAGCCAAUUGGCCGCAGCUCAGCUUGCCCGCGAAGCCAGCCUCUCGCAAAGCCGCGCAUUGACCCAAGUGCCCGCAACUCGACCACCUCCUCAGUCACCGUUUCCAACCAGCGUUGCUUCCGUUGUUGGCGAUGGUGAGGCAACGGAAAAGGCAACGGACAGCGAAGCCAGCACUUCCACAGAUGACGGUGACGCUAUCAGCGACAGCGACAGCGACAGAGACGGUGACAAUAGUAGUUCUUAUGCCCCUCUUGCCGGCAUAACGAGGAUGUUUAGACAAUGGGAGAGAAGAGCAAAAGGGUACCCUACUGGGGAGGUCGAGGAGACGCCGCAGCCGGAGAGUCCGGCAAAGAGGAUGGCAGGAGAAGCGGCUGAGGCGAACCCGAUCGAGAACAGGAGUAAUGACAACAGCGAAGAUGGUGACGGCGGUGAAGAUAUGGAUGAGAUGGAAGGUGUUGAGGAAGGCAGUUCCCGCCAGGCAAGUCCUGAACUUUGA